GGGCGAUGCGGGAUAGGACUACGGUUCGAGUCUUAUCGGGGUGAGCGUUCUAACACGUUUACCGAGUGUUUCAGGUUUGGAUAAGCUGAUCGGUGGCGGAUAAGGCGACGAGGCCAUGAGGAGUCAUCGACGGGAGCUUCAUCAGAUUCAGGACGACGUGCGACUAAUUCCGGGACAGGUAAGUCAGGUAAGUCAGGUAAGUCUGCUUUAAAUUCCGACGAAAGUCGAGGGAUCGACGAAAGUCGAUCGGUGCUGGAAACGGCGAAUCCCACUAGUGUUUUAUUUGUUAUUAUUUCCUUGCAAGUUCCUUUCUCCACCAAGGUGGAGAUUGUUGGGCCCGCUCGGCCCAGCGGCCCGUUUUGGCGGAAAAGGAACUCGGCCCGUUCGAGUAAAACGCAGCGCUUCAUCCCGAGAGUUAAUGAAACCCUAAGGGGUUUCGGGACUUCGACACGAGAGAGGCGCGGUGCUCGAGGUGGAGAGGAGAAAGGCGAUCGCAGAGGCGAUCGUGGGAAGGAGAGGAAGAUCGCGACGGAGGAAGAGUUUCCCGGCGAUGGAGAAGCUUCUGACCGGUGGCGGUCACAAAGGUGAGUCGCGGAGUAGGUCGGUAAGUGUCUCGUACCCUGUCUCUUGGCGUUUCCCGGUGAGCCUCCGACCUUGUGUGGAGAGCCACCGUGUGUUAUCCCUUCUCUGUUGUUUCUUUCCGUUCUAGUGGAUUCGCCGGCACCGUCCGGCCGAGAUGUAGGCCCGAGCUUGCUCGGUAACCGAACUCGUUAAAAUCGCUGUCUCUUCUUUCGGUUCUUGCACGAACGAGUGACGGAGAGAUCGGAGAGGGUUCGAUACCACCUUCACAGUUACAUUUUUCAAAAACAAAGAGAAAGUAAACGGAAAGCACCAUUGUUCCUUGGCGUGUUCAAUCUCCUUCAUCAGGCGUUUCUACACGUAAAAAAAGCCUUCAUCUUCCUUCACCACGCAAAAAUAUAAAUAUUUGGGUAUAUAUAUCUUCAUUCAUAUACAAAGUUUUUGCAUGUGUCAUCUUUCAUCUUUCUAACCAGACAAAAAGGAAAUCGAUCGGUCGAUGUGUAUGGUCGUCAAAAUGCGCACAGGAGGCUCUUCCGUUUGGAUGCAGAGCCUCGUCGAUGUGUUCCGAAUGUACAGAAUCAGGACGACGAGAGAUAUUAACUCGUUUCAGCGAUUCUCUCCGACAAUUCAUCGGUUUGGCGGAAGAGAUUAUUCUCAGACGGGCCAAGGUUUGAAGUUGAUUAGCUCGGUUAAUGCCGGAAACAACAUCAGUCAUGGUCCGAACGACCCUAUGUCACAACCUUCUACUCCAAAAACCGGGUUUAAUUUCCCUAUUUGGGCAAGAUGGGUUCUAGGUUCAGUUUUGUCGGUAUUGUUUCCCUUUUGGAGCAAGAAGAUGCAGACGCUGAAACGGAUUGAAGGUGAGGUGGAGAUGGCGGUGGAAGGGGCGGAAGCCGUGGCGGAAAUGGUGGAAACAGUGGCGAAUGCGACGGAGAAAAUGACGGAAGAAUUGGCGGAGAAGCUGCCGGAGAAUGGUAAGCUGAAGGAGGCUGCUUUGGCGGUUGAACACAUCUCUCAAGUAGCUGCUCAUGAAGCACACCUCACUCAUGAAUUCCUUCUCAAGGUUGAUGAACUGAAGCAAGACUUGGAUGACUUGGAAGCAAUGGUGGAACGCGUGCCAGAUAAAAUUGUCGGGGAUGGCAAAGCGAAGCGAUUCAAGGAAGACGCAACAACAACAAAUGGUCAUAUACUAAAACGCGACUAAAAUAAUUUUUUCAAAUUUUAAUUAAUUUGUACAUAUAUAAUAAGCUAUUAAAUUCUUUUUAUUACUCUGGCGUGAGAUUUGUGCUUC